AUGCCGUCACUUGGACUAAGGGAGAUAGAAAUCGAACGAGUCGACAUUGAUGACGGUGACGAAGGUGCUACCGCGGCUGCAUUCAAUUCUACCGGCGAGUCCUCUGGUAGCCAUAGCCCACCACGCAUUGCCAUUCUGAUUACAACCGUGAUAGCUGUCAUUAUCGUUGGUGUGUCUUUAUUCUUGUUUGUGAGAUGGCGGACAAGGAGAGGCCAACGUCGCGCAAACUUCACACGCCGUCGGGGUUCAGAUAGAACUGGAACCACUGAAAUAAUCCAGAAACAGUAUCCGCUGCCGUCAGGCAAAGGAUCAAAAUCACCUGCACAGGGCGGGCUCGAGUGGAACCCAGAAUCAACAUUUGCAAAGCCAUCUGCGGUAAAAGCAUACAUGGCACCAUACACCCACUCGCAGGCAAUGCUCUCCUCGUCGAGCAUCAAGAGACUAUGGCAUAACUCCAUAGGAGCGACUCGCGCACCGAAGCUACAAGUCAGGACCAAACUCUCCUCUCCAAAUGCAGAAAACGAACUCGAAGGACUAUCUACCCACCACCGAGAAGAUAGUGGCGGCAACCCCCUCCUCGAAGAAACCGUAACGGAAAUAGAAGCCCCUCCAAGGGUCUUCACAAGGACUCUAAGUACUCAAUCAUCGUCGAUAUUCCAUCUGGAUCGGCCCUCGGUGGACAACAGGCCGGUGUCAACUAGUUCCACGCUGGAUCAAACGCCUCGAAAUGUACCUUCAACCGACAAUUCAACGAUGAUCUCCAAAUAUCCCUGGCCACCAACAACACAAACGAAUAUGACUCCGGUCGAACCCUCAUACAACUCCAUGACGUUCUUCAAUCACCGUGAAUCCUACGGAACGCAAGACGAGCGUAUCACUAUCGCCGAGACUACCACGACAGCCUCGAGGGACCGCCCGCCAUCUCAUCUUCAUAACAGCUAG